AUGCGGCUAACCAGGAGUAGCAAACGGAAAUUGAUGAGGGAGGAAAACAAUGAUAAAACUUCCAAAAAGUCGAAAUUGCCCAACAAUGAGAGGAGUCAAAAGCGGAAGAAGGAGUCAAAGAUGUUUAUUAAUAUACCCAGGGAGGAAAACCAGGAUAACUCUUCCGAAGAGUCGAAGAGAAGACAGCCUAUACCCACUGAGCGAGAGAGACAAUAUAUGAAAUAUCUUAAGGGAAAGGAGAUAGCAGAGUCUGCAUUAUGCGAAUACAACAACAGACACGGAACCGACUUGGAGCUUGUGAGGUUUUUGGAGGCCAAUCAUAUGCAUAUGUUUGGCCCUGGUUGUCGUCUUGACUUUGCCGAUGGUCCUGCUCGUUGGAGACAUUUGAAUAUUGAGGCCAGGCGGCGCAGUGUGGAUACAGAUGAUGAAAACUCACUUUUUUUGUUUGUUGAAUCAAUUUGCUCUCCAACAAAUACAUAUGAUCUUUUAACACUGCUGCUUGUUGCGCCUACAGAUAAGUUACGAAAUGAUGAUACAAUAACUUCGACAAUUUUGAAGAAGUUUAUACAUGCUGGAGUAUUGCAACUUCGUAGUGUGGCCAGUGAUCCAAAGCUAUUGUCUGAAGAUGAUGCUGUCAAAUUGUCACAACUUGCAUUGAAGGACUACAAUGAGAACCAUUUGCCUCCAGUCAUUUAUACUCCCCCGUUCUAUUUCAUGUUAAAAAAAAAAAAAAACCAGGGAACAAACUUGAAGUUUGUAAGGGCUUUCAAAUGCAACAGUUUUACUUGUGCUGGUCGUUUAAUGGACUUUACCGAGAAAAGUACACGUUGGGUGCAUGUGAACUUUGAGGCAAUGGUGGGUGUGGGUAGCUGGGAAAGUAUACGCCUUAUGUUUGCCGAACUCUAUUUAGGGAAUGAUGACAAAUACGUGCUUGCUACAUUGUUGCCUGCGGAGCCUGAGGAUCGGGAGGAUCGGGAGGAUCCGGAGGAGACUAAGUGGCGAGAUGGUUACCCAGCGAGUGAAUGCGCCAUCUGCCCGGACGAGAUCUGUCAUCCGUGGCGUGGUUAUCGUUAUUGUUUCAGUAUUCCACCCCGUAGGUUGGCGUGUCCCAUGCCUUAA